UAAAAAUUUCUCAAAAGUUGGAAAUAUAUUUUUCAUAGGAGACAACCUAUGUGACAAGUGUAACAGGCUAAUUUCAUUGUUAGCAACAACAUUCAUAAAAUCAAAUUGUGACUUUGGCAACCCGGCAUUGUCUUUUCUAUUGUUCUGCUCUUUUCUAAGCGGCUUCGUCGCGUGUGGAUUGUGAAAAUUUGCUGUUUUCUGUAUCGUGUCAAAUCGAGUGAAAACUACAAAUCGAAAUGGCUGCAGACCAGGCACAGUUCCAACAGCUUCUCAACUCUUUGCUGUCCAUGGACAAUGAAGUCCGGAAACAAGCCGAGGAUGCGUAUAACAAUUUGUCGCGUGAGUUAAAGGUAACACAUCUGCUGGGCAACAUUCACAAUGGCCAACAAUCGGAGGAAGCUCGUCAAAUGGCCGCCGUAUUGCUGCGUCGCCUGUUCACAUCCGAUUUUAUGGAGUUCUACAAGGAGCUGCCAGUAGACUCACAAAAUCAGCUGCUGCAACAGAUUCUGAUGGCCGUGCAACAGGAUGUGACGCCACAAUUGCGCCGUAAAAUUUGCGAGGUGGUUGCCGAGGUGGCACGCAAUUUGAUCGACGAGGACGGCAACAAUCAGUGGCCGGACAUUCUCCAAUUUCUGUUCCAAUGCGCCAAUUCGCCAACCCCGCAGCUGCAGGAAUCGGCAUUGCGCAUUUUCAGCAGUGUGCCCUCGAUCUUUGGCAAUCAGGAGACGCAAUACAUCGAUCUGAUCAAACAGAUGCUGGCCAAGAGCAUGGAGAACACCGACGCCGAGGUGCGUGUUCAGGCCGUCCGAGCUAUUGGCGCCUUCAUACUCUACCAUGACAAGGAGAAGGAGGUGACCAUAUAUAAGCACUUCGCUGACUUGCUGCCGCGCAUGAUUGUCAUAACGGGAGAAACGAUUGAGGCACAGGACGACCAGAGUUUGCUCAAGCUGCUCAUUGACAUGACCGAGAACUGUCCAAAGUAUCUGCGACCGCAGUUGGAGUACAUCUUUGAGAUGUGUAUGAAGGUGUUUAGCUCGCAGGACUUCGAGGACAGCUGGCGUCAUUUGGUGCUGGAGGUGAUGGUAUCCCUGGCGGAGAACGCACCUGCAAUGGUGCGCAAGCGUGCAGAGAAAUAUAUUGUUGCACUCAUCCCGCUGGUGCUGCAAAUGAUGACGGAUCUGGAUGAGGACGAGGAGUGGGCAACGGCCGAUGUCGUCAAUGAGGAUGAUCACAGCGAUAAUAAUGUCAUUGCGGAGUCCUCGCUGGAUCGAUUGGCAUGCGGCUUGGGUGGCAAAAUGGUUUUGCCCCACGUUAUGAACGCUUUACCCGGAAUGCUGAAUCACGCUGACUGGAAGCAUCGCUUCGCUGCUCUGAUGGCCAUAUCGGCUAUUGGUGAAGGCUGCCACAAGCAAAUGGAGACCAUACUGGAUCAGGUUAUGUCUGGCGUGCUGAACUAUCUACGCGAUCCCCAUCCACGCGUACGUUACGCUGCUUGCAAUGCCAUCGGGCAAAUGUCCACGGAUUUCGCGCCCACCUUCGAGAAGAAAUUCCACGAGCAGGUGGUGCCUGGCUUGCUGCUGCUGCUUGAAGACGAGCAAAAUCCACGCGUGCAAGCUCACGCUGGAGCCGCUUUGGUCAAUUUCAGUGAGGAUUGUCCCAAGAAUAUAUUGACACGCUAUCUGGACGCAAUAAUGGCAAAGCUGGAGAACAUUCUCAACUCAAAGUUCAAGGAGCUCGUCGAAAAGGGCAACAAACUCGUGCUGGAGCAGGUGGUCACCACCAUCGCGUCUGUGGCAGAUACGUGUGAGCACGAAUUUGUCGCUUACUACGAUCGACUGAUGCCCUGUCUCAAGUUCAUCAUCCAGAAUGCUAACUCCGAGGAUCUGCGCAUGUUGCGCGGCAAGACCAUUGAGUGCGUGAGUCUCAUCGGACUUGCAGUAGGUCGUGAGAAAUUCAUUGCAGAUGCCGGCGAAGUCAUGGACAUGCUAUUGAAGACCCAUACCGAGGGCGACUUGCCCGACGACGAUCCGCAGACGUCUUAUCUAAUAACCGCCUGGGCACGCAUGUGCAAGAUACUGGGCAAGCAGUUUGAGCAGUACCUGCCCCUUGUUAUGGGUCCAGUGAUGCGUACUGCGGGCAUGAAGCCGGAGGUGGCCCUGCUGGACAACGAUGAGGUGGAGGACAUUGAAGGCGACGUGGAAUGGUCCUUUAUUACACUGGGGGAGCAGCAAAACUUUGCCAUACGCACUGCUGGAAUGGAGGAUAAAGCUUCGGCCUGCGAGAUGCUCGUUUGCUAUGCGCGCGAAUUGAAAGAGGGCUUUGCCGACUACGCCGAGGAAGUGCUUCGUCUAAUGCUACCUCUGCUCAAGUUCUAUUUCCACGAUGGUGUGCGCUCAGCUGCUGCUGAGUCGUUGCCUUAUUUGCUCGAUUGUGCUAAAAUAAAGGGCCCCAACUACUUGGAGGGUAUGUGGCUUUAUAUUUGCCCGGAAUUGAUUAAGGUGAUCAACACCGAACCGGAGCCGGACGUUCAAUCCGAGCUGCUCAACUCGCUGGCCAAGUGCAUCGAAACUCUCGGUCCUAACUGUCUCAAUGAGGAGGCCAUGAAGCAGGUGCUCGAGAUAAUCAACAAGUAUGUGCUCGAGCACUUUGAGCGUGCGGAUAAGCGCUUGGCUGCUCGCAACGAAGAGGAUUACGAUGAUGGCGUUGAGGAGGAGCUGGCCGAACAGGAUGAUACAGACAUCUAUAUCCUGUCGAAGGUGGUGGACAUCAUACACGCUCUCUUCCUAACCAACAAGGCACAAUUUCUGCCCGCCUUUGACCAGGUGGCACCGCACUUUGUCAAGCUCCUGGAUCCCAAUCGUCCGUUCGCCGAUCGCCAAUGGGGCAUUUGCGUAUUCGAUGAUUUAAUUGAAUUCUGUGGCCCCGCUUGCACGCCGUACCAGCAAAUCUUUACGCCUGCCUUGCUAAAAUAUGUGCUGGAUAAGUCGCCGGAUGUACGUCAAGCAGCUGCCUAUGGAUGCGGCGUUCUGGGUCAGUUUGGAGGCGAUCAGUUUGCCCACACAUGUGCACAGAUUAUUCCACUGCUGGUGCAGGUGAUCAAUGAUCCGCGGUCACGCGAAAUUGAGAAUAUAAAUGCGACGGAGAAUGCCAUCUCGGCAUUCGCCAAAAUACUUAAAUACAACAAGUCAGCAUUGAGCAAUUUGGAUGAGCUGAUUGCCGUCUGGUUCUCGUGGCUGCCAAUUUCGGAAGAUCCCGAGGAGGCUGUCCACAUCUACGGCUACCUCUGCGAUCUGAUCGAGGCAAAUCAUCCAGCCAUUUUGGGCGCAAACAAUUGCAAUCUGCCACGCAUCGUCUCCAUCAUCGCAGACUCCUUUUGCAGAAAUGUGCUGGAAGCAAAGAGCACCCCAGGUACCCGCAUGCUAACCAUUGUCAAGCAAAUCGAAUCCAACCCGGACGUCAUGCAGGCCUGUGCCAGCACCUUGAGUCCCGAGCAGCAACAGGCGUUGCAGGAUGCCUAUCGGGAGUUGGCAAGUGCUCCAUCUACCUAAGUGAGUGAGUGGAGAAAGGACUCCAAUUUUAUGAAGCUCCAGAUCAGCUCAUUGCAUUGAUUAAACAAAUGCAUAUAUAUAUAUAUAUAUAGAAAUAUAUGUAUAAAGAAAGAAAAACGAAACAAAAACUGUAGGAUUUAUAAACAUAUACUUAAACUCAAAAAUUCAAAGUGUUAACGAAAAGCGGAAAAACAUUUUUUUUCGUUAUUUCUCGGUCAAUUGUGCGAGAAAAUUUCCAAAUGUUAUACAAAAUUAUAUAUUAUUAUAUACAUUACUUUUGCAUAUAUAUAUAAAUAUAUAUGUAUACAUAUUGUGAUUUCAAUUGAAACUCGUCUCCCGCUCCCGCAAGAGAGCGCCUUUGGAAGGAAACCCAAGCAAAAAAAUAAAGUAGAAGUCUUCGUCUCAUGAGAAUUUGAUAUGUUGAAUCGCGAAUUGUUCAUCAAAUUCCAGUAGAUUAUUUUCGUUAUAAAUUGUGAAAACGUUUUCAUAUGUUACAGCAAAUUCAAGAACAAAUGAACGCCAGUCGCCAGUCUCCAAGUAGUGUCCCGAAAGAUUCGACAGUCGUCCGAAAAUGAACGAAAAUUCUAAAAUGUAACAUUUAAAAAUGUAUAUUUAAAAUUAAUAAAACAAAUCGAAACAGAA